CCUCAAUGCAACAGAGCAUUCGCUAGACAUUUUAAUAUGAAGCAGCAUAUGGAAACUCAUAAUCCUAUGCGUGUCAAACCAUUUUUAUGUGAGCACAGCUCUUGCGGUAAAAGGUUUUCUAGGAAGCACGAUCUUCUCAGACAUCAAACAUCAAUUCAUCAAAAACAUGCUAAAAACUGCACUGGAUGU